ACGUCGAUAUCAACGACACCGAGAAAUCAAGAUGGCGUCCUCCAUGCCGUAAAUUGCACCAUGUCUUUGCUCCGUUCUUUCAUCACGGUGUUUCAUUGAUAACACGAAACGACACGCGACUCCCGAAUAACUAAAAAUGGCUAAAUACCUAGCGCAAGUCAUUGUUGUUGGAGCUCAAGUUGUGGCCAGAGCUUUUGCCAGGGCUCUUCAACAAGAAUACGCCGCGAGCCAGGCUGCCGCGCAGCAAGCUGGCGGUGGUAGAGGCGGUAACACGCAGAGGGCUGCAGCCAGUGCAAAGUUGGGCAUGAGCAUACAGGAAGCCCUACAGAUACUGAAUGUGGAGAAGUUGGAUCCGGAGAAGAUUGCUAAAAACUACGAUCACCUGUUCCAAGUGAAUGACAAGGCAAAAGGCGGUUCUUUCUACCUUCAGUCAAAGGUGUAUAGGGCCAAAGAACGACUUGACGAAGAACUCAGACUUCAAGAAGAACAGGAGCAGAAGAAAAAGGAAAGGCGGAAAGACAAUGACUUAUAGCCCCUCUUUUCUUAGUUACAUCUGUACAUAAAAGUGAAAACCGUGUAUAGAAUGCAAUAAAUUUUACUAGC